AUGACGGCCAAAUGCAUGUUCAUUCUUUUUGUUGUCCUAUCGUUGGUCGUGAGCAGCGCGCUUUGCCAAACUUUCCAAUAUAGUCGCGGAUGGACCAACGGCAAGCGAUCCGAGUUUCCGAGCUCGCCGGAAAUCUCCGCUCUAGGAGACGAGCGUUUCAACAGCGGUGAUCUCAAGAGGCUGAAGAUGCUGAUACACGGAAGCGCCGACGAACAACCGCUGGUGAUCCACUGCGAUUUCGUGGACAAACUGAGGAAAUUCGUUCACAUGGAUAAUUAUGCCCCUCAGCUGCGCCGGGAAAAGGGACCGAAUGAGGAUAAUUACUGAAAGGGAUACUCGUCGUGAUGUACUUGUAUUGAUCGUGAUUGUUUUGAAGAUAUACUCGGCAUGUAAAUUUAGACGCGUAGUUUUAGUCAAACCAGAAUAAAUUAUCAUAAUAAUC